CCUGUCCAUUCGUUGGACCAUACUUUCUUUCUUUUUUUUUCUGUGACCUACCCUCUUCAACAUACCCAAGUCCAACACUUUUGAUCUCUUCUUCUGUUAACCUUGCGGACAUCAUAUCUCCUUUUCUAUCUGUCUCAUAUUCGAUCCACAAUUUCCCCUGAUGAAUAUCUAUCGCAUCAACCUCGGUCAUUUAGUUCCUCUAUUACACUCACUUCUUGCACUGCUGCUUUUGCUCAUACCCCUACACGCUGCGUACAUUCUGUCCCUCAAUUUUUAUCUUCAUGUACAUUUUCCCGCGUCCCAUUUCUCCCCCGUUCGUGCAAUUGCUUUCUUGAUACCAGGCCUUGCCACCAAUUUCUUUCCCCGUUAUAAAUGUAUCUACGCUUGUUCAUGUAGGCAAAGAAUACGUUCUUCCGCAUUGAAGGUUUCUAUCUAUCAUGGCACAUAUCUUGGCUUUAUGCUUUGCAGCAACAACAACAACAACAACAACAACACAUUGUACACACAUCUGAUAACACAUUCAAACCACUGUUUUUUGAGAAUAAUUGAGUUAUAUUUCCUUCCCUUUCUAUGCGUGUGCGUGACAUGCAAGAAUUACAGAGUGUUUCGCGAAGAGAAGAGGAGAAAAUGGGCAGUUGGGAAGAAGAGAAAAAAAGAAGCUCUGGUAUCGACUAUUAAAGGAAAAAGAGAAAAAAAAAAUAAAGAAGCACUAAGGAAAAAGGAAAUUUCUCUAAUGACAUGAAAUAUGAAGAGAGGCGUGCGAGACAUAUCAAGCUGUAGUGCUAAGUCUCUUGAUGCCCCAGCUCUAAUAUGCGUAUAUGCAUAUGGACGAUAGGAAAAUCUUGUGAAGAGAGAUAAGAGGAACGAGAGAAAAUAGGAGAAAAAGAAGAGGGGAAAGUGUGACUAAAUCGAGUAAGUAGUUAAAAGGAGACGCUGCACGAAGAACGACAAAUGCGCGCGCUUCUGGCUAUGCAACGAGGGAAAUAAGAAAACGAAGAGAAAAA